AUGGGGAUGCAUCUGCACUGCAGCCGUUUCUAUGCAAAGCAUCUGCCGAGCGGCGCGGACUGGAAUAAAUAUAAUCCGGCCAACGACAAUAAACGUCGCCGCCAGACCACGACCAGAUCACCCCGACGACGUGCCCGAACCCAGAUGCGCACCGCCAGCGAUGAUAUGAUCGACGCCGACCAUCCUCUCGACGGCGCUGGCUCUGGCUCUGGCAUUGGCUCUGCCUCUGGCUCUGCCUCUGGCUCUCGCCGCCACAUCGAUUUGCGCCAUCCGGUGCCAGAUCUGCAGACUUUGCGGGGCGCAUAUACGGGCAACAUCCAGCAGCUGGAGAAGACGGCUGAGCGUCUGAGCAUGACCUCCUCCAUCGACGACGCCAUCCGCGAGCUGCACGACCAGCAGAAGCGCUCCGACAGCCGUAGAUCCUCGUUGGUCUCUUCACACGGUGUGCAUGCCCUGACGAGUAAAGUCUCGAAUGCCUCGUCCAUCGUCGAGGUCAAAUCGGCAGCUCGGUCUGGUGGCUACUCUCCGGCUGGCUUCAUGAUGUCUCCCAAGGGCUCCUUUACCGCAGGUACGCGAGCCCGGUCGGCAUCUAAAAGUUCGAGGUACGGAAAUAGACCGGAGCCCGACUUGGAGGGUCGUCCCCUCGAGUCCUUUGUCAACAUGUCGUUCUCCAAUUUCUCCUUGACCGGCCCCCCGGAACACCUCCAAGGAACCAGUUCGAUUGCUGAGCAGGACGAGCACUCAUCAACACUCACUCGGCCGGUGGUAGACCAAAUUGGGAGCUCAGACAUGCAUGCUAUCUCAUCGACGAAAGCAAUCGCCUUGGACGACCGACCGACCACCUCGGCCUCGAUGAACUCAUUCGAUCAGGCGAAUAUUUGGGAGGAUUUUGAUGGCAUACACACCGAGGUUACACCCGAGGGGAACCCUCAUACCCCAUAUUACGAAGCAGCAUUCACGGGAGCCGCCCAUGCGCACCCCUUAUCAAGGAGCCCAUCGAGAACGCCAGAUCCUCAGCCUAAACGGGUUUCUCAACAUGGCUCCAUACAUGGGUCUAUAGGCUCUGGCUAUGAAUCUGUUUACUCCGACGACAUGGUCCAACGCAGGGUUUCAGUGGGUAACAGACUAUCCACCUACUCGGAUGACAACGCACAGCGGAAUAUCUCGGCGGGCAACAUGAUUUCCACUCCUUCGAACCGUAGGCCGCAAUCUUACAUGGAUCCUGCUACCGGACAAGAUAUGGUCUACUAUCCCGCGCCUGUACCGAUGAUGCUCAACCUACCCCAGAAACUUUCCAAAAAUCCUUCGUCUACGGCAAGGAAUAAGAUGAGAUCCCAAGUCAUGAGCAGCAUACCAGCUGCUGCUCGACCAUCUGGGGUUUGGCUUCCAGAUUUGUUGGAGAAUGAAGAACACAGCGAAAUGCGGGUGGAUGAUGAGAUCCAGCAUCAAGAAUACACGGCCCAGCAUCAAAGGGCGAGCAUGGGUGGACGGUGGCUCGCCAAGACCCUUAUGCACAUGCCUCCUCAAUUACGAGCCAGCACUUUCUUCGAUUUACUCUGUCCUAACCAGAUGGUAGAGCUGAAGGACAACUCUGCCGUGGCAACACUUGAUAGCAUACUCGACGCAUCCGCACAUGCGCCAGUGAAUGCGUUUACCGAUCAUGCAUUUGCAGGCCCAGUCGGUGCUGAAGUGUAUGGCCAGACACAGCAGCAUACCUCUCGAGGUGCCAGUCAACUACUAGAGUCUCAAAGGAGACGGACCAGUUCCUUCAACAUUCUGCGCGGUAAGCGGGCGAGCAGCAGCGAGGUACCCCUGCAAGGGGGCGAAAGAAAGAGAGCGUCUACUAUGGAUGGGGUUGUUGAGAGCGCGAUCAGAAUGCCGCUGGAUGAUGAGGACGACGAGGACAAUGUAAAGGAUACAACACCUCUAAAUCAAUCCGAUGCUGGUGACCGUUUGCACGAGGCGAGUGGUGAACUCGGUGAUGAAGAGUCUGGCGGGAAAGAUGACGACAAGGACUCGGAUCAGGGCCAACUCGAUGAUGAGGUAUAUCACGGCGCUCCUACGACUCUCCUUGCCGAGUUACAACUACGGAAACAACAACAAAAGCUACGAACCAGGCCUUUGGCGCAAGCAUAUCCGAACGGAAUGCACUCGACACUGCUUGAGCUUGACGCCGUCGCACAAGUUGAACAGAACACACGAAAGACCAGGAGGAUCAAUCUGGCAUGGGAGGAUCCCAAUGUCCAAGUGCCAGAUGGGGCUGGGGAUAGCGAUGAUGAUGUUCCGUUGGGCGUAUUGUUCUCCAAGAAGUCCAAGAUGGACCUGAAUCGGCCCAUGGGCCUCAUGGAACGCCGGGAUUUGGAGGACAACGAGCCUCUUAGCCAAAGACGGAAUCGGCUGCAAGGUCGCCCUAACAUGCCUCGUUCUGCCACCAUGGUUCACGUGGCCGGGCCCGUACCUCCCAACGAAGAAGCCCUACCUGCCGCUCGACCCGUUAGCGGCGACUUUGCAUCCGAGAUGAUGUCUCAGUUUGGCGGCGACGCGGUGAAUACCGAUAAAGGGAAAGGGAAAGAAGUCGCCCCGCCAUCAGAGGAAGAGGAGACGCUGGGUCAGAGGCGGAAACGCCUGCAGGCCGAACGUGAGGCCCGCGCCCGGGAAGUCGGUACGCCCGGUGAGGUGCCGCAAAGGCCUCUGAUGCAGCCCAAACGCAGUAUGGCCGACCUUCUCUCUGCGCAUCCGAGUGCGGGAGCAGCUGAGCGCGUGGUUAGCUACCAGCGCCCUGUGGGUGGUCUGUUGGGUAUGCAUGAGAAGAGCAGUCAGCAUCGCUCGCACACUAUGCUGAACCUUACUACGCCCAACUUUUCCUCUGCCAAUCCCGGAGCUCCGGCUCAUCUAGCCCAACGGGGCUCCUCAGGCGGCUACAAGGCUGGCCAAUUCAACGACGGGAGAGGCGGCGGUAUCGUGUCGUCUCAGCAGCAACAGCAGCAGCAAGUGCCGUACCACAUGUACGGCGGUAAUGGCAUGUUUCCGCAAUCUACUUUUGGCGGGUAUGGCCAGUUCCAGCAGCCUGGAUACAGCAAUCAGAUGAUGAUGCCAUUUGCGAACCCAUAUGCGAUGCCUAUGAAUAUGGGUGUGGGCGGGUAUAACCCGAACGCGAUGCCGAUGGGCUACAAUCCUAAUCUUGGAAUGGGGAUGCAGAUGCCAGGGAUGGCGCCGUUGAACCAGGGACAGCAGGAGAUGGUCGAGAGGUGGAGACAGAGUAUUAUGCAGUAA